AUGGCUAGCAAGCUGAAUAUUUUCUUUACUGGUGCCACAGGCUACGUUGGAGGUAGCAUCCUCUCUCGUCUCCUCAACCACAAGGACGCCGCCUCCUUCCAGAUCACCGCUCUCGUGCGCUCCACCGAUAAAGCGGAAAAGCUCAGGACCCUCGGUGUCGACACCCUCAUCGGCUCGUACACUGACGAGAAUCUGUCCUUUUUGACCGAAGCUGCUUCCAAGGCCGACGUGUAUGUGCAGGCUGAUGCAGAUAAGCUCCCUCCUGCCCAAGCCAUCCUCGAUGGACUCAAGCCGAAGUACGAAGCGUCUAGCACGCCCCCGAUCUUGAUCCACACUUCCGGCACAGGCAUCCUUCUAGAUGAUGCUCGAGGUCUCCACAGCGGGCAUAUCCGCUAUAGUGAUCUGGAAACAGAUAAGCUCGAUGCCCUCCCUGUCACUGUCUGGCACCGGAAUGUAGACGUUCCCAUCUUGGAAGCCGAUAAAGCGGGGUAUGUCAAGGCAUACAUUAUUGCUCCAAGCCUUGUCUUUGGGGAGCCCAAAGGGCCCCUUAUUGACCUGGGUAUCCAGAAUGGUCAUACGAUGCUGAUAGAGUGGCUCGCCAAAGCAUCUAUCACCCGCAAACAAGGAGGGUACAUCGGCAAAGGAGUGAAUAAAUGGGGAAGAGGAGGAUGUUCUCACGCUCGAACCACCACCAUCUCGGACAGCGAAGCAGCUCAGUACCGCCAACGCUCGCCCGACGAGACCCCAUCCGAGUCCUCAGACGAUGCCCGGGUUGCUCCGCUUACGAAGUCACCCCAUACACGACGAGUGGUCAAGAGAGGUCGAAUCAACGGCCCAGCGACCCCUCCUUCACCAUCACCUGCCACCAAUCUCCCACAACAAGAGUCACUUACCGGCCUUCACAGGCCCACCAAGACCAACAAGUCUCAGGCUCCCUGGGACGACAUGAAGCACCUAGAGCAGAUGCUGGACUCGGUCCUUGCAUCCGCUGUCAUCAUCCAGGCAGCCUCAACCAUACCUGUGGAGCUCACCCCCCACUCCCGCAGUGCGUUGGCUGCGAUCAUUAACAUCCUACAGCCACACACCACCAUGCCGACUGCACCUAUGUCCACCACUGCACUGCAUACUGCCACGAAGCCCUACCCCCCUCCUGCUACUGAACAGCCAGCUCGACGGGCGGAAAACAAGUCCUAUGCGCAUGCUGCGUCACACAAAACUGGCCAAUCGGUCAACAGGAAAGAAGUGUCACUAGCCGGUCAAAUGCCUCAUCCAUUGCGGAGGGCCAAGGCGCCCGCCACACCACGUCACUCCCCCUUUCGGCUAACCCUUCGAUGGCCUAACCAACCACCAUCCCUUCCACCAGGCUUCCUCAUGUUACUCCUCGACCAAUUGAACUACAACUUCCAGGAAGUUGGAGAACCACCCCCCAUUAUGGCUCUUAACCGCACCAAGGCCGGGAACAUCAUCAUACUGACACGAGCACCAGUUCUAGCCUCAGCACUCCUUGCACGACAAGACAAUGUACUCCGAUCGUUUGACAAACUCUCAAAUGACUUCAAACAAAGUGAAGACCCGAUCUUGGAGUUGGAUGUGCCAUGGCAUGGGUUCGUAAUUCACAACGUUCCUGCUCUUGGUCUGGCAGAAGUUAUGGAUUCCCCUGUGGGUCAUGGACACGAUUUGCUGGUGAGGAUAAAGGUCGACAUUGGAAUCCCAGGAGCCCACAUCCGCGACUACCGCGUACUUCAACGGGACAACUCAUGGAAGGAAGACGUGACAGGGAUGUCGACAGUCUCGUUCCUCAUCAUGCUUGAUGAUGAGGGAUUGGCAGACAGGCUACUGUCAUUCAAAGGUAAUAUUCAUUGGUGCACAUUGUCGGGCGACCCGCUACCAACCCCGGAGACGACGUGGCGUCGCAAGAUGAUCAGACCCACCUAG